UCUUCUUCUUCUUCUUCUUCUUCUCGGUGGCUCUUUAACUCUUUAACUCUUUAACUCUGAGAGUGAGAGGGAGAGAGAGAAGUAAGUAACAAUGGAGGUUUUCUACUACUUGGUGUUCGGAACUAUGACUGCCGUAGUGGCGGUGCUGGAACUGAGCAAGACAAACAAGGAUCGGAUCAACACUUCGUCCUCCUUCAAUUCUUUCAAGAACAAUUACCUCCUCGUAUUCUCUAUUAUGAUGGCUGGGGACUGGCUUCAAGGUCCUUAUGUGUAUUACCUUUACAGCACUUAUGGUUUUGGAAAAGGAGAUAUUGGUCAGCUAUUCAUUGCUGGUUUUGGUUCAUCGAUGUUGUUUGGAACCAUUGUUGGAUCUCUUGCUGACAAACAGGGUCGAAAGAGGGCAUGUGUUACAUACUGCAUAGUUUACAUACUAAGCUGUGUCACCAAGCACUCUCCACAGUACAGAGUUUUGAUGGUUGGCCGUAUCUUGGGUGGUAUUGCUACAUCUCUAUUGUUUUCAGCAUUCGAAUCUUGGCUAAUUGCAGAGCAUAAUAAGAGGAACUUUGAGCAACAGUGGCUUUCACUGACAUUCUCUAAGGCUGUUUUCCUUGGGAACGGUCUGGUCGCUAUUCUCUCGGGAUUGUUCGGCAAUCUUCUUGUUGACACUUUUUCCUUUGGUCCUGUCGCUCCCUUUGACGCAGCUGCGUGCUUUCUUGCAAUUGGAAUGGCUAUCAUACUGGCAACAUGGUCUGAGAAUUUCGGAGAUCCAUCUGAUAGCAAAGACUUGCUGACUCAGUUCAAAGUUGCUGCCAUAGCAAUUGCUUCAGAUGAAAAGAUUGCAUUGCUGGGUGCUAUUCAGUCUCUAUUUGAAGCCUCAAUGUACACCUUUGUUUUCCUCUGGACACCAGCUCUUAGCCCAAACGAGGAAGAAAUCCCACAUGGCUUCGUCUUUGCAACCUUCAUGUUGGCCUCAAUGUUGGGAAGCUCACUAGCAGCUCGUCUCAUGUCUCGCUCAUCUCUCAGAGUCGAAAACUAUAUGCAAAUUGUCUUUCUAGUCUCCGCUGCAUCACUUCUUCUUCCCAUUACAACAAGUGUCCUGGUGACGCCAUCAAAGGUGAAAGACGAACGCUUGUCGUUAACUAGCUCCAUUCAGCUACUUGGUUUCUGUGUUUUUGAGGCUUGUGUAGGAAUAUUUUGGCCUUCCAUAAUGAAGAUGAGGUCACAGUAUAUACCUGAAGAAGCACGAAGCACCAUAAUGAAUUUCUUCCGUGUUCCGCUCAACAUCUUUGUCUGCAUAGUCUUGUACAAUGUGGACGCAUUUCCGAUCACAAUCAUGUUUGGUAUGUGCUCAAUCUUUCUCUUUGUAGCCUCCAUAUUACAACGGCGGCUUAUGGUCAUCUCCGAAAAGCCAAAGGCAGAAGAUUGGAGUCCGAUGAAGGAGCGAAACUCGGAAGUUGAUCCUCUUAACCUCUGAUCAUGUUCCACUCCUGUGCUCGUAAUUCCUAAUUUUUUUUUGGUGAUUUUCACUUUUUUUUUUUUUUUUUUUUUUU